AGCAUCAUUGUCUGGUUUUUCCACUGUUCUCAUCAUGCAAAACGAAACUUUACCACCACCUGUGUAUUUUGCUGUAGGCCCUCAACCCCAUGAGGUUUCUUGUCCAUUUUGUAAACAAUAUAGUAAAACAACUAUGAAACGUUCCUUUUUCCGCUGCUCUUUACGACGCCACUAUUGUUCACACUGUGGCGAAUAUUUGGGUUCCUAUAGACGUCCUCAGUUGUAGUUAAAUAUUGUGUGAAAAUAAAUGUAUUUUAAUUGUUUUUUAUUAUUUUAUGUAUUGAAAAUUGGUAAUAAAUUUGUUCUUCAACAAGA